AUGAAGAAGCGGCGCAUAACCAGCUCAGCUGGAGACAAAUUUGGAGAUGAAUUUGGAUUUGCACCCAAACCCGAACAGUGGAUUUCAACUUGUAUUGGCUUCCGCAUUGCGUUUCGAAGAGAGGCACGCGUCUGCCAAGCGGCGCGGCUUCUCAAAGAUCUGCUGCCCCUGGUGGCGCUAAUUGCUGGAUUUGGAAUGAUCGGCACAUGUGCAGCGGUUGGCUAUUCCUAUACAAGAUUCGAGGGUCCGGUGGUGGGGCCAGAGCAUCUGGUCACCGUCCACGAUGGACGCACUGUAGACUAUGUGGCCCGGCCAGAGUACAGCUUCGCCUAUGGUGUCGAGGAUGGCAAGACGCGCGUGCUGCAAAAUCGAAAGGAGACGAGGAACGGAGACGAGGUGCGCGGCGUCUACAGCGUAGUCGAUCCGGAUGGCACCUUGCGUGUGGUUAAAUACACGGCCGACGACGCCAACGGCUUUCAAGCUGAGGUUAUUACGAACGGUGUGAAAACUCUGCACGGCCAUGGAUCCGAUGGUGAUGCGGGUGGGGGAACAAUGGACAACCAGGUGACGCACGACAGCUCCGAGGCUCAGGGUGCCGAGGAUGAGGAGGAGGAAGAGGAGGAGGAGGCGCCACAUAGAGCAGCACCUGGUCAAUACAAGGUGCACGAAGAUUACGAUGAGGGCGGCGGAGAGGGCGAGAAGGAUGAAGAAGGUGAGGAGGGUGAAGAAGGUGGUGAUCAUCAGGAGUACGAGGGCAGCAGCGAGGAAGGAUAUGUCGAAGCAGAUGCUCACAGUCAACAGGAGGAGUCCAGCAGCGAGGAUUACUAG